GCCACCGCCGCGCACAGCCCGCGGCCUCCUUCCCCGCCGGCCGCGCUCGGAGCCGCCGGGCCGCGGCGGAGCGAGGCCCGGGCGGAGCGAGGGCCGGGCGGCGGGCGCCGGCCCCGCGGCCGGCACGACGGAGACCCGCACGGCCGGCGGCAGCGGUUGGCGGCGGCCCCGGGCCCCCGGCGCGGAAGCGGCGGCGGGGCGGCGGCGGCGGCGGCGGCGGCGGAGGCGGCGGCGCCAUGGAGCCGCGGGAGGUGAAGGACCGGAUCCUGGAGAACAUCUCGUUGUCGGUGAAGAAGCUACAGAGCUACUUUGCUGCGUGUGAGGAUGAGACCCCCGCUAUCCGGAACCAUGACAAGGUCUUACAGCGCCUGUGUGAGCACCUGGAUCACGCGCUGUUGUACGGAUUGCAGGACCUCUCGUCGGGCUACUGGGUGCUCGUUGUGCACUUCACUCGCAGAGAGGCCGUCAAGCAGGUCGAGGUGCUGCAGCAUGUGGUCACCAACCUGGGACGCAGCCGGGCCUGGCUGUACCUGGCCCUCAACGAGAACUCCUUGGAGAGCUACCUGCGACUGUUUCAAGAGAACCUGGGUCUGCUGCAGAAGUACUAUGUUAGGAAUGCCCUGGUUUGCAGCCACGAUCAUCUGACUCUCUUCCUGACCUUGGUGUCUGGGCUGGAAUUCAUUCGAUUUGACCUGGACCUGGAUGCCCCUUACUUAGACCUGGCUCCCUACAUGCCUGACUACUAUAAACCUCAGUAUCUGCUGGACUUUGAAGACCGCCUUCCCAGCUCAGUCCACGGCUCAGAUAGCCUAUCCCUCAACUCCUUCAACUCCGUCACCUCUACCAACCUGGAAUGGGAUGACAGUGCAAUUGCCCCAUCUAGUGAGGAUUAUGAUUUUGGAGAUGUGUUUCCAGCAGUGCCGUCUGUACCCAGCACAGACUGGGAAGAUGGAGACCUCACAGACACUGUCAGUGGUCCCCGCUCCACUGCCUCGGACUUGACCAGCAGCAAGGCAUCCACUAAGAGCCCCACCCAGCGCCAUAACCCCUUCAACGAGGAACAGGCAGAGACUGUGUCCUCAUCUGAUACCACCCCUGUGCACACCACCUCUCAGGAGAAGGCAGAGGCCCAGGCCUUGGAACUGCCAGAUGCAUGCACAGAGCUCGAGGUCAUCAGGGUCACCAAGAAGAAGAAAAUUGGGAAGAAGAAGAAGACCAGAUCAGAUGAGGAAGCAAGUCCAUUUCACCCAGCCUCCAGCCAGCAGAAAUGUGCCAGGCAGGGGGAUAGUGACAGCCUAGUCAGCAGCCCAGGCCUUGGGCAAGACUCGCCAGACACCACCCUUGCCUCCCCUCAGGAGGAAGGAGAAGGGCCCAGCAGCACAGCUGAGAGCAGCGAGCCCUCGGAGUUUGGGCACGUGGGCUUGCUGAUCCCUGAGAUGAAGGACACUUCCAUGGAGUGCCUGGGACAGCCCCUGAGCAAGGUCAUUGAUCAGCUUAACGGGCAGCUGGACCCCACCACCUGGUGUUCUCAUGUGGAGCCCCCAGACCAGUCCUUUCGGACGGGCUCUCCCGGGGAUGCCCCGGAGAAGCCGCCAUUUUGCGACUUUAGUGAGAGGCUUCCAGCCCCCAUGGACUUCUACCGCUUUACCGUCGAGAGUCCAAGCACUGUUACAUCAGGUGGCAGCAACCAUGACACUGCAGGGCUUGGCCAACCGCUGCAUGUUUCUGGUAGCCCUGCGGCUGCUGGCCAAGAAGAAGAGGGAGGAGGAGCAGAGGGACAAACACCUCGGCCUCUAGUAGACAUGCCAGGGGAGGCUCAGGAGCCAGAGCCCCCAGAACUGGAUACCCAGUUGCCUCUGGUCACUGAGGGGCUUGUGCCCCAGCCUGAGCCUGGGACUCAGGAUGCUCUUUGCCAGCUCAAGCGAGACCAGCCCAGCCCGUGUCUGAGCAGCGCUGAGGAUUCUGGGGUGGAUGAGGGCCAGGGAAGCCCCUCAGAGAUGAUGCACCCCUCAGAGUUCAGAGUAGACAACAAUCACUUACUUCUGCUGAUGAUCCAUGUGUUUCGAGAAAACGAAGAGCAGCUGUUCAAAAUGAUCCGGAUGAGUACCGGGCACAUGGAGGGCAACCUUCAGCUGCUGUAUGUGCUGCUCACAGAUUGCUAUGUCUACCUGCUCCGGAAAGGGGCCACAGAGAAGCCAUACCUGGUGGAAGAGGCCGUUUCUUACAAUGAACUUGACUAUGUGUCGGUCGGUCUCGACCAACAGACGGUGAAGCUGGUGUGCACCAACCGCAGGAAGCAGUUUCUGCUGGACACAGCUGACAUGGCCCUGGCUGAGUUCUUCUUGGCCUCUCUGAAAUCAGCCAUGAUCAAAGGCUGUCGGGAACCACCAUACCCCAGCAUCCUGACAGAUGCCACUAUGGAGAAACUGGCGCUAGCCAAAUUUGUGGCCCAGGAAUCCAAGUGUGAGGCAUCCACUGUGACCGUGCAUUUCUAUGGGCUUGUGCACUGGGAGGACCCCAUGGAUGAAUGCCUGGGUCCCAUGCCUUGCCACUGCUCACCCCUUGAAGGUGCCGUCACCAAAGAAGGCAUGAUGCACUACAAGGCAGGCACCUCCUACCUGGGCAAGGAGCACUGGAAGACUUGUUUUGUGGUGCUCAGCAAUGGGAUCCUCUACCAGUACCCAGACCGCACUGAUGUCAUCCCCCUGCUCUCAGUGAACAUGGGGGGGGAGCAGUGCGGUGGCUGCCGGAGAUCCAACACCACGGAUCGGCCCCACGCCUUCCAGGUCAUUCUUGCUGACCGGCCCUGCCUGGAGCUGAGCGCUGACAGUGAGGCUGAGAUGGCCGACUGGAUGCAACACCUCUGCCAGGCCGUGUCAAAAGGGGUCAUUCCCCAGGGACUUGCUCCCAGUCCCUGUGUCCCCUGCUGCCUGGUGAUCACCGAGGACCGCCUCUUCACAUGUCACGAGGAUUGCCAGACCAGCUUCUUCCGCUCGCUGGGCACAGCCAGACUGGCCGAUGUCAGUGCCGUCUGUACGGAGCCGGGCAAGGAAUACUGCGUCCUGGAGUUCUCCCAAGAGGGCCCACAGCUGCCCCCACCCUGGGUCAUCUAUCUGAGCUGCACUUCCGAACUAGACCGCUUCCUCACCGCACUGAGCUCUGGAUGGAAAGCCAUCUACCAGGUGGACCUUCCCUACAAAGCGAUUCAUGAAGCCUCCAGCAAACAGAAGUUUGAAGACGCCCUGAGCCUCAUCCACAGUGCCUGGCAGCGGAGUGACAGCCUCUGCCGUGGCAGAGCUUCUCGGGACCCCUGGUGCUGAGACAGCUGGGUGGCAUUCCAGGCAGGGCAGGAAGGGGAGGCAGGCUGACCAGCAGGCACACUGUCAUGCCAUUGUGCUGUUCAGGAGCCAAGCUCCGCAAGCACUCUACAACCCAUUCCUGCCCCAGGUGGCAGAACUAGUGUGGCUUGAGACAGAGUCUCUCCACUCCCAGGGAUCCAGAGCGGGUGCCCAACCCUCUGUGUGUCCUGCCCAAUAGUCAGUGACUAGAGAUUGCUGGGGGAAAGGGUCUGAGCCCUGUGGGCUCUGCAGACACACACUGUCCUCCCUGGGCCACCACCUGGGACCUUGCAUCUGCUCAGGAUGGCAGGAAACAUAAUACCCAUCUAAGGAGGAGGGAAAGAACUGAAAGGAUGGGAGAGCUCCCUCUUCCUCUCCUGGGUCAGGGGCCUGGGCAGAGGCUCAGGGCCCCCUGGGGUCCUGAGUGUCCGGCCAUCCUUGUUCGUUUUUGAACACUCCCAGCUCAGCUGUGCAGGGAAGCAGGAACACUAGGUGUCUGUGCUUCCCCUCACUAAUCCACCCGCACAGUGACCUGCCUUCCUGGAGGCCCUGCAUGUCCACAGCCCCGCCUGCUCUCCCCCCAGUCCAGCAGGCCUAUCAGGAUCAGCUGGUUCCUUUUGCUAGGAACAGAGGGGAAGGGCUGAAAGAGGAGCAGAGCCCACCAGCCUGGUGGCCACACCGACAUCUGACUGUCCCCUGCCUGGCUGGAGCCAACCCUUCCUGAGUGCUUUGUCAGAGCCCUCAGGGGAAGGGUCAGGUGGUUUGGGGUUUGUUUUUAAAAUAAAGUAGUUAUAUUGCCAAGACUUGUCACUGGCCCUUUUUGAGCAGUGUGGGGGUAAGGAGGUCUCCAAAUCUUCCUUGCAUUCUAUUUUUUUUGUUGCUUUUUUUUUUCCCCCGUGCUGGGGUCUGAACUUAGGGCCUUGCACUUGCCAGGCAAGCACUCUUCCACUGAGCUAAGUCCCCAGCCCCUCUUCCUUGCAUUCUAAAGGCCUCCAUCAUCUGCUCUGUGCCUGAUGCUAAGACACACGGAGCUAAAUCAGCCUCAGCUGCUUUCAUGAUGCCCACCAUCUGGAGGCCACAGGCACUGGGGAUUCUUGGCCUGACCUUACCUACCCUCCCUCAUGCUUCCUGCACUGCCACUAGGAGGAUAGGCACUGAUGGCAAGUGGUUAGAGCCUCAGAAUCAUUCCAGUUUAUGGCCUUUAUUUCUUAUCUCUAUAUUGUCCUAUCUCUGUUCCACCAGGGGCCCUAAAGUCUUUGGGUGGAGAGGGAUGAGGGGAUAGGAGGCAUGAACAGUAGGGGUCGUGGGCCACCUUGUCCUGGAAGAAGCUCCAUGCUAGGCCCCUCUUAACACAUCAGUCUUCCAAAGGCCCUUCUAAAGUGUGGGUCAAUAGAAAACUGCUCCGCCAUCAGCAGCAUCACCACCUCCACAGUUCAGUCACCCGAGGUCAAUG